CUUUGCAGCUGAACGUGACUCUGGCAUCCAGGAAGUGGGGCUGUGGCAUAAAGUUUCUCCUAACGGCCAUGUGGCCCAGCUGGGCACUCCCCUGGCUUUAGUGACACCUGGUCUGCUGGGCGGAGAGGAGCAGUGCAGCAGCUGCUGGCAGCUGGGCGAGCCGAGGGGAGCACAGGAGUCACUCUGCUGUGAGGACCGGAGCAACACACUCUGCUGCCCAGGCAUGGGCUGAAGUCUCUGCCUCUCUGUAACCUCCCCAAAAUCCAUCUGAGUCCACUGAGGGGCUCCAGAGCUGAGCUGAACCACAAAACUUCUGCCUGGACUCUAUUUAGAAGAAGUUUCUCGGCAUCACGGUGGGUGAGCUCUGGAAGCCGUGUGUGGUGGAUUUCUCUGGAGCUGGCAGAGGGGGCUCAGGGAUAUGGGUUGAAUGUGCUCAUUCUGGGGCUGAUGUCUGGGUUCACCCUGCCCUGUGGCCCUGAGGGGCCCUCGGUAGCCCCUCGGACCUGGGAGAAGGCGGGAAUCACUGCUCUUGGGAGUCUAGUCUCCCCAGUUUAUCAGCUGUGGGACCUAGGGUAUGUCAGCAAAACUCUUUUCCUCAGUUUUCUCACCUGCAGCAGGAGUAAUGAGGUAGCUCUUCCUACCUCGCAGGGAUGUUAGGAUUUCCAAAGAUAACGCAUAAGGAAGCACCUUGCAAGAAUGAAAUCCUGUCCACACGUCGAGUUACUGGCCUUCCACAGGUCUCACUCUCACUUCCUCCUUCUUGUUUCCCUUUUAUCCUUUUCCUGUGGGGAGCUCUUGUAGUCAGCGUUUGCAGACCUUUGGUCUGGACUGGUUGAUUCUAGAAGGAUUCAGAUUCGGCCCGGUUCUCACCGUUCCACACUGUGAGGUUCCACUUUCCUCCCUCUGGGUCCCUGCCUUCCCUCCACGCUGUUUGGUUAGGUCGCCUCGAACUCCGGCUUCACUGCGAACACGCCGCCACAGUCCUGGGGGGCGGACCCCCAAAAGCUGCCGACCGUGGGGCGAGCUCAUGAGGAGACUUUGAAGAUUUGCAACGAGUCACCCAUCACCGGUGCUGUCUGUGACUUCCAGUCAAGAUUGCGGAAGAAAACUAAAAUGAACUUGCUCACACUGUCAGGUCUUAAAAAUAGAAAGGAAAAAGAAGCCGCGGGCAGGGCUGCUGGUCCAACUCUGAGACCCGCAGGUCCGGAGGUGGGCGGGCUGUCCUACGAGGGCCUCAGCAGGCUCCGGAGAACAGCCCCAGGUUUCUCCCUUAUUUAGAAGAAGUUUGAAAAGGAAAUGAAAUUGACUUCGAUGUCUCAGGGGGGGAGAAAAAGCCUCUGAAGUGGGAGGAUUAUUUUCAGUUAAUUCUCUUCAGCAAAGUAGCUCUGUCGGAACCUGAGGGCCCCUGUGCCCAGCGCUGCGGAUGGGGCCUUAAGUGGCCACGUGCUCCCCACUCCGCCCCCUGCCCCCGGGUGAAACCACCAGAGGGUUUUUUUUUUUUUUUUGCAUUUAUUUUAUUUUGAAAACGUUCAGGUUUCGUCCCACCAGAAUGCAAAGUUAUAAAAACUGACACGGACUCUCCUCGCAGCUACUUGUGACCAGAGAGAAGUCACCUGACCCAGUCAUGUUUUGGAUUUUCCGCCUCUGCAGUGACGAGAUGUUGCCUCCGUCCUGAACGCGGCUCAGAGCCACACGUGGUUUUCGGCAUCGCUUUCCUGUCUGUCGCCGCCAACUGGCUCUGUCACCCUCACUCUGUACCGCUCGGAGCCUCGUCGGUCUCUUCGCCCCGCCAGAGAUCCCGGGAGGUCCAAGGAAGAGUCUCGAUGUGAGAGCGACGUGGAAGCACUGAGGACCCAUGUGAAAUGAACUUUUAUGUUCGUGCUGCCUGUUUCUGCCUUUCUGCUCCUUCCUUCUCUCCGACUUCAGUUCCUUCUCUUUUCUCUUUCUCCCAGUCUUCCUUUCUCCUCCCUUCUCCCUCACGCAUCCCUGCUGAAAUAGGUGCUCCCGCGCAUGCGUCAGGGGGCGGGGCGAGAGCGGACCGGAGCUGGAGCGUUGGACUCUGGGAAGGCUCCAGGGAAGACAGGGCGGUCGGGUUAGGUGGAGGGGAGGAGGGUCGGCGCUCCAGGCAGAGGGAGCCGAGAGACCACAGGCCUUUCAGGGACAGUGAGCAAGUCCUGAUGUGAGGCUGGGCCGCCAGAUCAGGGGAGUGACCUCUUCCUCUGUGGAGAUUGGACCCCAGCCCGACCCCAGCCCAAGGGAAUGGUGUUCUGAGAAGGGACUGGUCACUAGUUAAGAGAAAAAGGAGAGGCUGGACUGGAGGUAUGUGACCAAGGAGAUUGGAAAGUGGUGGCGGAUGUUGUCGCUGCCGAGUGUUGACCCUCACUCUGCAGAGGAUGGAGGCACAUGGACGUUUUGGAGAAGACACAGAGCUUUUUGAUCAGUGCACUAACUUGACUGGAGAUGUGGGUGAGCCUUUGGUAAGGGGGCCCUCCGGGAGCCCUCCGGGAGCCCUGGGAGAGAGGUUGUGGCCCUGCUGGGAUUGGGAAGGGCCACUUCCUCCUUUGCUGUCCAGGUCGGUGAGGGCCCUUCUGGUCUCUCCUUUUCCCCAAAGGAUGAUAAAUCAUUCCUCACCUGUGUUUUGAAAACACGUGUUUAUACCAGAACUGUUGUGCCUAUCAUCAUAACUUAUGGCUUAUUUUUUAUGUUUUUUCCCUCUGUUUUCCCAAAUAGGUUGUAAAUGAAUUGAAAUGAGACUGUAUUAUUUUGUUUUUAUAGAACUGGGUUGCAGCUCAGUGCUGGGUGCCUCCUGUGUGAUCAGUAUUUGUUACACGAGUGAGUGAGUGAGUGAAUGAAUGAAUGAAUGAACAAACUAGGAUGGUGGUGCUGUGAGUGUAAAGGAGACGAUGGUUAUGGAAAAUGUCCAGGAAGUAGAAUUAAUGGCCAAUUGGAUGUAGAAGUGAGAGAAAGGAACAGUCAAAGGUGACUGAGGUUUCUUCUCUGGGUGGAUGCCAUUCAAUGAGAUUCAGAACCCAAGAAAAAAAGUAUAUGAGGAGAAAAGAUAAUUUCAGCUUUGGACAUUUAUGAAAGAAAAAUCUAUUAAACUCCUCAGCUAGACUAGGCACUAUGCCAGAUAUUGCUGAUUCUGAGGCAAGUAAGUCAGAAUGCAGUUCACAGGUUCUUGAAAAAUAUUUAGAUAAAUGACAAUUCACUGAGUCAUAACAGGUGUGAGCAAAGUGGCUAGUGGAGUUGUAACUCAUUCUGUCUGUGGAGUUAGCAAUGACCACUUUGAGUUGCAUUUGAGCUGAAUCUUGAAGUUUGCCAAACCAGAGCACAUUCCAGGUAGAGAGGAAAGCACAAACAGAAGCACAGUGGUGAGAAUGUUCUAGAAUACUUGGGGAGCAGGGAGAGAUUCAGCAUGGCUCUAGAAAGAGCGGGUGGGCAGUGAGGUGGACAGGGACCCACACUGCUUUGGGAUAGCUCAGCAGCCUGCUCAGCAACUGGUGCCUUUCCUGUCGACACGGGCUCAGAGGGUAUUUGUAAGCAGUAGGCGACAUGGUCAGACUUGUUCUAGAAAUACAGUGCUGGCUACAAAUGGGGGUGGCACCAGAUGGGAUUUCGGAAGGGAGACCUUUGGAGGUGGCUGCUGGGCACUGUGCAUGGGAUGAAGAAGGCAAGACUGAGGCUCGGGUGGGGCAGGUGGGCAGUAGGAGAUGAGUAUGACAGGGGCCAGACUCAGCGAGGGAGGACACUGGGCCUCUGUCCUGGGCCCUGGGUGACAUGUCUUUAGGCCACCCACACAGACCCAUCUAUGUGGAAAUACUUACUGGAAAACUCUGAAGUUAAGAAAAAACCUUUUUAGUUUUCAAUCAACCUUUCACUCUUAAAAACUGUUAAGGACCCCAAAGAGUUUCUGUUUAUGUGGGUUCAUCUGUCUAUCUGUCUGUCUGUCUAUCUAUCUAUCUGUCUAAUCUAUCCAUUAUUAGAAACUAAACUAAGAAAUUAAAACAUAUUCAUUCAUUUUAAAAUAAUAAACCAAUGACAUUAAUAUAAAUGGCAUAUUUCUAUGAAAAAUAACUACUUUCCAAAACAAAAAAUUUAUAAGAAGACCGGUACCAAUGUACAUUUUUGUAAAUCUCUUUACUAUCUGGCCUAAUAGAAGAGAGCUAGAAUCUCAUAGCUGCUUCUGCAUCAAACUAUCAGAGUAUCACAGAUGUGUAGUCUCUGGAAUACUUCAUGGUACACUCUCGAGAGGAGGGCAUUGUUAUGGAAACAGAUUUUAACUUUGCAAAUUCCCUGAAAGGGUCCUGGGUGCUUCCCGGUUUCCCUGGACCACACUUUGAGAACCACACUGAAGUAGACUCAGCAAAUGUCUGGUAAAUUACAGUGUUCUGAGUCCCCAUAACAUUUGAUUCAAAUAACACAUGUGACAGUUAUUUCACAGAUAACCGUGUGUGCCUGGUGCUUAGUAAGGGACCUGAGCCAGAAGAGCAGUUGUGGGCUCAUUUAUGUAGGGGCUGGGGAGACAUGAGAGGGAAGAGAAGAGGCCUGGGCAGGACCUCACCAUUGAACAAGUGAGCAGAGGUCAAGGAAAGAACUGGAAAGACUUAGGAAGAGACUCGGGACAAGUUGUGCAACCUAAGGGAGAAGAGAGAGUUUCAAGCAGGAGGUUUUACAAACAUUUUUGAUUUAAAAUAACAAGGUAGAGAGUUGUCCACAGUGUCAAAAGCAAUGGAGAGGUUGUACAAGGUAGGGAAUGGGAAGCCGCUAUUGGACUUGGCAGGGAGGGGGUCACUCGUGACUGUGGAGGGCCGUUUGGGGGUUCCGGCAGUCAGUGGGCCCAGGCAGAAUUGGGGGUGGCAAAUGGGGGCAGCAGAGGCCUCUCUGUCUAGGAGGUUGGCUGAGAAAUGCUCUUCCCCUUCCAGCCCCUGUCCCUGUCAGUUCUGUUUGGGUGCUAGCACUGUAGGGGGACGUUCGGCGUGAGGAUGAGAAGCCAAGCUGGGAACCUAGAGGAGAGAUGGGAAUACUGCAGGGGGCUCCAGUGGGAGACUAGGAAUUGAAGGUCAAGACCAAGAUCGAUGGGCACAAAUGUUCCAUGGUCCAUGGUUUGUAACCAGAGAAAAUGGAGGACAAUUUAAAUUUUCAUCAUUUGGCAUGUGACUAAACUCCAUCUAUCCAUCCAUCCAUCCAUCCAUCCAUCCAUCCAUCCAUCCAUCCAUCCAACAAAUGCACUGAAGUUCAGGUGUUCCAAGCUUCUGUUCUAAAUGCUGGAGAUACAGGGACUGCAGCACAGAUAAACAGCUCAUGCUGGUGGGGCUCUGCCAGGAGGAAGCAGACAGCAGGACCCUUGCCAGGGGCCUGGCUGGCACAGCAUGGAGCACUCAAGCAAGAUGGAGUUUUUCCUGAAGCUAGGCUACAACCGGGAGGACGUGCUCAGGGUGCUGGACAAACUGGGCGAGGGCGCCCUGGUCAACGACAUGCUGCAGGAGCUGAUCCAGACAGGCAGCCGCCCCGGAGCCCACCAAGGCAGCCCUGCACCCCUGCUGGUUCCCCGGGGCUCCUGCGGGACCCCGGACUCCACCCAGCGUGGGCUGAGGACUGACCCUGAGGAAGACUGCGGAGACCUAGCCAGUUCCUUGAGACCCAUUGUGAUUGAUGGCAGCAACGUGGCAAUGAGCCAUGGAAAUAAAGAAGCCUUCUCUUGCCGUGGCAUCCAGCUGGCUGUGGACUGGUUCAGGGAAAGAGGACACACCUACAUCAAAGUUUUUGUCCCGUCCUGGAGGAAAGAACCACCGAGAGCUGAUACCCCUAUUAGAGAGCAGCACGUGCUGGAGGAGCUGGAGAGGCAGGAGGUGCUCGUGUACACGCCGUCUCGCAAGGUGAACGGCAAGCGCGUGGUCUGCUACGAUGACCGCUACAUUGUGAAGGUGGCCUACGAAUGGGACGGCAUCAUCGUCUCCAAUGACAACUACCGUGACCUGCAAAGCGAGAACCCUGAGUGGAAGUGGUUCAUUGAGCAGAGGCUGCUCAUGUUCUCCUUCGUCAACGACCGGUUCAUGCCUCCUGACGACCCCCUGGGCCGCCGGGGACCCACCCUGAGCAACUUCCUGAGCCGGAAGCCAAAGCCCCCAGAGCCGUCCUGGCAGCACUGCCCCUACGGCAAAAAAUGCACCUACGGCAUCAAGUGCAAGUUCUACCACCCUGAGAGGCCGCACCACGCGCAGCUGGCAGUAGCUGACGAGCUUCGCGCCCAAACUCGGACCUGGCGGGGCGCGAGCGCCAACGAGGAGCGGCCAAGGGGCCGGAGGGAGCACCAGGGAGUCCCCGCGGCUGCCUGGCCCGGCCCUCGGGAGCCUGGCACUCGCAGCCUACCCUCAGCCAGGCGGCCUGCCGAUGUGGUGGACCUCGAGGACGGCCUCUCGCGGCUUGCCUUCAGCGAUGAUCCGGGAAUCCUCAGGGCGCCCUCGCCAGGCCCCGGCUGCGGCCUCGCACCCGGGUUGCGGGACUGGGUGGCCCCUAGGCCUUCGUUGUGCCUGCCAGUCUCUCCUGGCCUCCUGAAUCCCCAGAGCCAGUCAGGCCCGCUGGUCCAGGCGCAGGCUGGGGAUCCGGCUGGGGACCGCCCUCGGGACCCGCAGAGUGACCUGCUAGCCCACCGAAGGGGGCCUACCGAUCCAUGGGCCCUCCAUCAUGGGGCCACUCGGUUCCCGGGACGCUCAGCCUGGGCGCAACUGGGCUGGGGUGAAGGUGCCUUGUGGGGGCCCUUGGGGUCAGCAACAGGGGCCCCAGCCAGUGAGCAGGACUCACGGGCGCAUGCGUACACAGCGCUCUGCAGCAUCUUCCCGCCCCACCAAGUGGACCGGGUCAUGGCCCUGUUCCCCGCUGUCUCUGACGUCACCAGGCUCAUUGACCUCAUCCAGAGAUGCCAACAGUCUGGUUCGCCCAUGGGAAACCCCUAAAGAGUGAAUCCAAGCCACCGCCAGUGAUGUCCCUGACCAACCACUUGGCCUGUGGUUGCCCGCUUAACACCUGAGUCGUCCCACCUGCGGUGAGCGGCCUUUUUUUAAGGACGGUCAGGGAAGCCAGCCUCUUCACCGUCACCCAUGCUCACCAUGGCACUUGGUGAUUUGUUGACGACGUAGGGCUGCUGCUGGAGUUCCAUGACCUCCAGGGAACUUGGCUACCUCUGUGGGGGUGUGAUUUCUCCUCCUGCCAGAGGACUGAGUCCCACCCGGCUCCCAGGGCUCGUCUGGACGACUCCGGGCUGUUUCCGUCAGCCUGCAGUUGGGACCCACAGACCAGUCACUAGAUCAGUGUAGCGGGUCCCACCAGAAAUGCAGUGGAGCAGGCAGUCUGGGAGCAUACACCAUAUAAUCAGGCUGAGCACACAUGAAACUCAUUUGUUAUGUGUGUGUGCCUGUGUACCCAUGUGAAUGUAAUGUGCGUCAUGGGCAAAAGUUUGAGAGAGCCUGAUAAGUGGUCUUGAAUUUCAUUGCAUCAGAUUGUGUUCAAAGCUGGUAGUCAGUUGGCCAGUGGAGGCUUUGGUGUUUGUGGUUGUCACAUGACCUUUUUCCCUUACAACAUCAUGCGGGCAGCACAGAGUUCCAGCCUGGUGUUUGGGGAGCCACUUGUCACUCUGAUGUGCCAGUGCUGGUCUUUGGAGGUGUGGCAGGGGCACAUCGUCCCGACGUCCUGCCGGCACGGCCUUCACCCCCUGCACACAGCAUACACACAUGGACACAGCUGGAUACCUCAUCUGACUCAGGGACAGGGGGUCCAGCACAGGCCCUCCACUGACGGAGGCUUCUGAACCACACCUCACAACCCGGACCCUUUUGCUCAGAAACCUCCAGAUUGGUUGGAGGCGAGCUGGGAUGAGACUCAGUAGUGGAGGCUUACUGCCACCUCGCACUGUGACUGUUUUUUCCAGCAGCUACUGCUUUGAAUUUUGGGGAGAAGUGAUUCACCCAUGUGCAAUGGACAUGAAAUUACCAUUGCACAUGAUGUUGCUGGAGCAUGGACCCUGUGUCCUCCGGCAUCUCUGAGCGGCAUCCGCCCUUUGGUUCUGGGUUACGAGUCCAGCUCUGCAGGUCUGGGCUGGCUUGUUCGUGAAGGAACUUGGUGGCUGGGCCAUGGCAGAGACUGUGAGGCAUCUCCCAUUGGAAAACCAGCUCCAACUCCUGCAAGCUUCCUGCAGACUGUCAAGAACGGGGGAAGCUCUUCUUGGUGUGUUACUGGCUGCACUGUUGGUGUAGCCCAGGACGCACCCCAGGAGAAUCUACUCCUGGCCCUCUAAUUCAUGGUCAUUGCUGCCAUUGGAGAUAUGGUGAUGUUGUGUCUGUCUGAACCCAUGCACCCUUUUAAACUGGAUUCUUAACAUGGCUUCAGACAGACCUGUCCCUUGCCUCCCCCCCCACCCAAACUACCUUGUUAUAUGGGAAUCCAGGCCUGAAGAGGGGCCAUCACUCUCUCUAGAUAAAUUGGAUUUCCUCUUGGUCUUUCUUUCUUUUGGCAAUUUCUUUUAUUUUACUUUAUUAUUUUUGGUGUUUUUGAUUAUUUUUUCUUGUGACAUGACAAGCUUAUUUUAGAGCUGCGUUUGUCUCCUGAUGUGGACUCAUUGCAUUGCUGAUUUACAGGUAGAAGUGUGUAAACUCCUUCCUGAGAGGACAAGUUUGAGUUUUAGUAAGCUGUAAAGCUAUUUCAUUUGGUUGCUGUGACUAAGACAAGCACAAAACAAGUGAAGAAACAGCACAUUUCAAUGUAAUCCCCUUUGGAAUUUUUUCCAAAGUCUUGGUAUGUCUUUGUGACACAAAACAUGGAUGAACCCUGACUGGUGUGGCUCAAUGGAUUAAGCACUGGCCUCUGAACCAAAGGGUCGUCAGUUCGAUUCCCAGUCAGGGCACAUGCCUGGGUUGCGGGCUAGGUCCCCAGUAGGGGGCACAUGGGAGGCAACCACUGAUGUUUCUCCCCCUCUCUUUCACUGUCCCUUCCCCUCCGUCUGAAAAUUAAUAAUAAAAUCUUUAAAAAAACAUGGAUGGGACGGGCGAAUGAAAUGUUCUAAGCUGCAUGGCUCUUACUGUGCUCCAGAAAUAAAUCACUUUUA